AUGCACUUGAGCAUCAAGCCUACAAACUCCGAGUGGUCUCUGGGGCCACACGGAGCGGAUGUGUCAUUCAUUUCCAAGUCUCCAGCAAAAUAUCUACCGUCUCCCGAUUCGACGCAUCAAGCCUCCAAAUCACAAAGAUACAAUCAUGGACAAAAACAACAACAACCCACACUUCCGUGUAACGGCCGAGCGUCUACUCCAACAAGCAACGACCCCUUGGAUAUCGAGAAAGCCGCAGCAUCGAGGAGGAUGGAGAUUAUCUUGGCCGAGAGCAUCGAAAAGAUCUGGCAGCAGGAUCAGGAUAGCGUGGCUAGAGUUAACCAGGGCAGAGCGAGAGCUAUGUGUGAGACGCAGAACUUGGCGAGUGAAAGUGUGGCAAAACUCAACAAUCAGGGUUUCGAAACUAUGGAACGAGCCAAGCGGGAGGACAGAGAGAGCGAGGCUAGGGUAUUGAGAUUGAAUGGGGAGAGUAAGGCACGAAUUGCGAGAGAGAAUGGAGAGAGCAAGGCCAGGAUCUCGAACGAGACUAAGGAGAGCGCAGCGCGGAUUGAAGCUAUCCAGGAGGCCUCAGAAUCAAGACGUCCCCACGAGAAGACUAAACCCGACUCUUGA